GAGCAACUUAGCACAGAGAGAGGAAUUGAGAAACUGUUGCAAGCAGAGGAGAGAGAAGAGAGGAAUGUCAAAGUCAAAGAAGAAGCAGUUGAUGGCUUCAGCGCCUUGGAGGGUGGACGACGAUUCCGACGAAGAUUUUAAGGAUGCCAAACUCAAGGUCACGAGUCAGCCAGGGGCCACGCCGACCAUGCACGUCCCUCGCAAGAAGUCCGUCCGCUCCAAAGACCAAAACCCCGACGAUUCCCUCACCGAAAUCGACCCCGAGCUUCGCUACAGUUUCCAGAGAAACUUUCAGUUCCUUCAACGGGUUUUUAGCAUUGACACCGUUGUGAAGCCUCUUCCACCUGCCAUGGCUUACAAUGUUUCCCGCAACUUGAACUUCUUCACCCGCAUUUUCACGCAAUUCUUCGAUCCAGAAGGUAUUGCGAAUGCACAAAAAUCACUUGGUAUAGGACAGGAAGAGAAAGCUCGUCGAGUUCGUUGAUAGGGGGGCAAAGAAAGGGAUGUAGCAAAUGCUGUUUAAAGCUGUGAUGGUUUAAGAUAAUGAAAGUGCUUCACUAGCAUAAUCUUUGUUAAUUGCGCGAAUGGUGAUCUGACUCAAAAUUUAAAACAUUAGUUUAACUCAUUUUUGUGUUAGAAAGGAAAAAGCGCAUGAGUUAGCCUUCAA